AUGUCACCAUCUCAGCUCGACUGUCAUUCUAUGAUGAUUGUUUCCAAGUAUUUUGCAACAAUAAAAGAUUAUAUUGAUGUACAAAAGGUAUGUAAAAAGUACUCUAAUCUCAUCACAAGGUUUUAUUAUAAUCCGAUUCCACUCACUACAGAGACUAGACUGUAUUUCCCAAAGCUCGAGACUCUUCAUUUGUACAGUGAUUUAGAUGAAAAGUUUGACAUUGAAAAGUUUUUUAGAGUUGUUAUUUGGUAUCAAGUUGAUGCACAAACGGCUUUAAAUUCCAGUCUUAACAUUGUGUAUAAGAAUAUUUCAUUUACAUCUGAAGAUGCCAAUUUAUUUGGAACAUCAUUUCCACAAAACACAAGAAAUCUCAUGUACGCAUGUUUCAAAGAAAGACAAAAUUUGAUAGAUUUCAAAGUACCAGAAAGUGUUUUGUAUCUUGAUGAAUGCUGUUUUGAAAAUUGUAUUAACUUGACUUCUUUGUCAAUUGGUAAAAACGUUUCGACAAUUGGUGAGAAGUGUUUUCUGGGAUGCUCACAAUUACAACACGUGUCUGUUCCAGAGAGUGUGACUUCAUUUGAAACUGCGUGUUUUGAAGAUUGUUUUUCUCUAUCAACAUUAGACAUUCCAAAAAGCUUGUGUUUUAUUGGAAAUUUUUGUUUUAAAGGUUGUUCAUCUCUUAAAUCUGUGAUACUUCCAAAUGAAGUCACUUAUAUUGGAAAUGGGUGUUUUUCAGGUUGCAACAAUUUAAAAGAAGUAAUACUGUCAAAAAGACUUUUCUUUUUAGAAGACAAAGUAUUCUCCAAAUGCUCAAAUUUAAAGAGAAUUACACUACCAAAGUCUGUUAUGAGUAUCGGAGUCGAAUGUUUCGAAGGGUGUGGGUCACUUACUCGAAUUCAUAUACCAAAUGACGUUUCUUCAAUUGGAGAAGGCUGUUUCAGUUUUUGCUCAUCACUCAAACAUAUCAAAUUGAGCAAAAAUUUGUCAAUUUUAGGAGCUGGUUGUUUUGAAAACUGUUAUUCGUUGAAAAAAAUCGAAAUACCACAAAAAAUCAGAGUAAUUAGAUCCAAUACUUUCCGUUGUUGCAAUUCAAUUAAUUCCGUUGUAUUUUACUCUGAUAUUAUUGAGGAAAUUGAAGCGUUUGCUUUUGCUUAUUGUGAGAAGCUUUUUCGUGUUGUAAUUCCACAAACAGUGAAAACAAUAGAAAGGGGGUCUUUUUCAAAUUGCACACAUUUGAAAACAUUGAAAUUUCCAAAAACAAUCAAAAAGUUUGGACACGCCUGUUUUUAUCGUUGUGGACUUGACAAUAAAUUAUUGAAUAUACCACAACAUGCUAUUGAAAACUUAGAAGAACGAGAAGAAUAA